AUGGCAUCGUCUCUGCUUCUGUUUGAUUUGUAUGCAAACUGGAGGGGGUCCAACGAGCUGGGCAGGGAGGACCUGUCCAGGACUCCUGUGGAUGAAACCAAUGAAAAGAUCCUGACCAUCAUCACAUAUAUUGGUUGUGGAGUUUCAUCAGUCUUCUUGGGAGUGACUGUUUUAACAUACACUGCUUUUGAGAAGCUCCGCAGAGACUACCCUUCUAAGAUCCUGCUGAACCUGGCACUGGCUCUGGAAGGACUUAACCUUGUAUUUCUGCUCAACUCCUGGCUGUCAUCGUUCGGUAGCUCUGUCCUCUGCAGGGCCGUGGCGGUCACCAUGCACUACUUCCUCCUGGCCUCCUUUACGUGGAUGGGCCUGGAGGCAGUAAACAUGUACUUCGCCCUGGUGAAAGUCUUCAAUGUCUACGUACCCUCCUACAUCCUGAAGUUCUGUGCUCUGGGAUGGGGAAUUCCUCUCAUUAUUUGUGGCCUGGUUCUUAUUGUGAGAAGGGAGGUCUAUGGCAGUGCCCCAUACGGUUCAUCCCUUGAGCCAUCUGAUGACAUGUUUUGCUGGGUGCAGGAUGAUGUGACAUUUUACGUGUCUGUGGUGGGCUACAUCGUCCUGGUGCUGCUGUGCAACAUGGCCGUGUUCCUUGUGGUCCUGGUUCAGCUGCGCAAGAUGCGCUUCAACCGUCCGGCGGGCACGCGCAGCGACCUCCUGAAGGACCUGCGGGGCGUGGCGAGUCUGACCUUCCUCCUGGGUCUCACCUGGGUCAUGGUGCUCUUCGCGUGGGGGCCAGUCAGAGUACCUAUGCUAUACGUCUUCUCCAUCCUCAACUCCCUGCAAGGAUUCUUCUUGUUUGUGUUCUACUGUCUAAUGAAGGAAAACGUCCGUAAACAAUGGAGAGUCCACCUCUGCUUCGGCCGCUUCCGGCUCCAAGAAUACUCAGAAUGGAGCCAAACUGCGACAGUGCCUGCUAAGACCAAACCCAGUCAGACAGUGAAGUUCCCCUCUGUGAAGUCUGUUCGAUCCAACAAGUCGAGCACUACUGAGAGCACUUCUGCUUCUUCGGACUCCAGUCAGCGAGAAGUCUCCAUCAGGAGACCCAACUUGGGUCUGCUCUGUUUGAAUGGGCUGGCUCUGCCCCGAGCACAGCCGAGUCACACUCCCUCAUUCCACAAAAACACACCUCUCCCACAGGAAUCAGGAGGAUACCAGGUGUCCCCUUGGCUGACAAAAGCUGGCUCUCACCUUGAAAGUGAUAUUAACUAA